GCCACUGAAGUUUCUGAAAGUAUGAGCCCAUCACAGACAGCCACUGAAGUUUCUGAAAGUAUGAGUCCAUUACAGACAACCACUGAAGUUUCUACAACUGACAAUCUUGAAAGUGAAAUCACAUCAGAAGCAACAACUAAUGAUUAUUCAAGUACGAGCCCAUUACAGACAGCCACUGAAGUUUCUGAAAGUAUGAGCCCAUCACAGACAGCCACUGAAGUUUCUGAAAGUAUGAGCCCAUCACAGACAGCCACUGAAGUUUCUGAAAGUAUGAGCCCAUCACGGACAGCCGCUAAAGUUUCUACAAGUAUGAGCCCAUCACAAACAGCCACUGAAGUUUCUGAAAGUAUGAGCCCAUUACAGACAGCCACCGAAGUUUCUGAAAGUAUGAAUUCAUCACAGACAGCCACUGAAGUUUCUACAAGUAUGAGCCCAUCACAGACAGCCACUGGAGUUUCUGAAAGUAUGAGCCCAUCACAGACAGCCACUGAAGUUUCUGAAAGUAUGAGUCCAUUACAGACAACCACUGAAGUUUCUACAACUGACAAUCUUGAAAGUGAAAUCACAUCAGAAGCAACAACUAAUGAUUAUUCAAGUACGAGCCCAUUACAGACAGCCACUGAAGUUUCUGAAAGUAUGAGCCCAUCACAGACAGCCACUGAAGUUUCUGAAAGUAUGAGCCCAUCACAGACAGCCGCUGAAGUUUCUGAAAGUAUGAGCCCAUCACGGACAGCCACUAAAGUUUCUACAAGUAUGAGCCCAUCACAAACAGCCACUGAAGUUUCUGAAAGUAUGAGCCCAUUACAGACAGCCACCGAAGUUUCUGAAAGUAUGAAUUCAUCACAGACAGCCACUGAAGUUUCUACAAGUAUGAGCCCAUCACAGACAGCCACUGGAGUUUCUGAAAGUAUGAGCCCAUCACAGACAGCCACUGAAGUUUCUACAAGUAUGAGCCCAUCACAGACAGCCACCAAAGUUUCUGAAAGUAUAAAUUCAUCACAGACAGCCACUGAAGUUUCUACAAGUAUGAGCCCAUCACAGACAGCCACUGGAGUUUCUGAAAGUAUGAGCCCAUUACAGACAGCCACUGAAGUUUCUACAAGUAUGAGCCCAUCACAGACAGCCACUGAAGUUUCUAUAAGUAUGAGCCCAUCACAGACAGCUACUGAAGUUUCUGAAAGUAUGAGCCCAUCACAGACAGCCACUGACGUUUCUGAAAGUAUGAGCCCAUCACAGACACACACUGAAGUUUCUACAAGUAUGAGCCCAUUACAGACAGCCACUGAAGUUUCUGAAAGUACAAGCCCAUCACAGACAGUCACUGAAGUUUCUGAAAGUACAAGCCCAUCACAGACAGUCACUGAAGUUUCUGAAAGUACAAGCCCAUCACAGACAGUCACUGAAGUUUCUGAAAGUACGAGCCCAUCACAGACAGUCACUGAAGUUUCUGAAAGUACGAGCCCAUCACAGACAGUCACUGUAGUUUAUGUAAGUCCGAGCCAGUCACAGACAGCCACUAAAGUUUCUGCAAGUCCCAGCCAGUCACAGACAGCAACUGAAGUGUCUGCAAGUACGAGCCAGUCACAGACUUUCACUGAAGUUUCUGCAAGUCAGAGCCAGUCACAGACUUUCACUGAAGUUUCUGCAAGUCAGAGCCAGUCACAGACAGCCGCUGACAUUUCUGCAAGUCCAAGCCAGUCACAGACAGCCGCUGAAGUGUCUGCAAGUACGAGCCAGUCACAGACAGCCGCUGAUGUUUCUGCAAGUACGAACCAGUCACAGACAGCAACUGAAGUUUCUGCAAGUCCCAGCCAGUCACAGACAGCUGCUGACGUUUCUGCAAGUACGAGCCAGUCACAGACAACCACUGACGUUUCUGCAAGUACGAGCCAGUCACAGACAGCCACUGACGUUUCUGCAAGUACGAGCCAGUCACAGACAGCCACUGACAUUUCUGCAAGUACGAGCCAGUCACAGACAGCCACUGACGUUUCUGCAAGUACGAACCAGUCACAGACAGUCACUGAAGUUUCUGCAAGUACAAGUCAAUUGCAAACAGGAACAGUAAGUACAGUUCAGCCCAACACAGAAGACUCAUUUGGAUCAACCAAAUUAAAUACUGAUUGGUCAUCUACGCUAUCUGUAUCAACCAGUAACAAAUCAUCAAUUCCUACUGUAUCAGCUAUAGUUACUACAAGAUCUUCUGGAACACCUGAACCUACUUCUAGUCUGUCACCCAAUCCAACCAAUUCCCUUACUGCAGAUACAUCUGGAAAAACACAGUCAGUUACUGCAGGAUCCUCAGCACCAACAGAUCAAGUUACUGCUCAGUCUUACAGCCCAACAACCAGAGUUACUAAGGAAUCAGUAGCAUCAACACAGCUAGUUACGCUUGAAUCAUCCAGGCCAAUAGAGUUAAGUACUGCCGACUCAGCUAGCAAUGUACCUGUGCAGACAACUUCAAAUGUGACACCAGAAACCUCCCAAGCAACAACAGAAACUACCACUGGGCUACCAAGUACUACAAAUUCUCCAACUACUGCAGUGAUUCCAACCACUGGUACCAUUCUGGCAACAACGACAAAGUCAAUUUUUACCCGGCCCUGUUUGAAUGGUGGCUACGAUGAUGGCAUAAAGUGUGUGUGUAUGGUGAACUUCUAUGGGACUUCUUGUGAAUUCAUCCUGAACGACAUCAGACCAACUGUCGAAGCGUCGGUAGAUGUCCACGUCACUGUGAGGAAUGUGAAUUUUUCUGAAGAACUUAAAAACUUUGAAUCUGAAGAAUAUAAAGUUUUUGAAAAGAGGUUUAUGGAACAGAUGGCCAUUUUGUUUGUAACAACCCCAAACUACCAAGGUGUAAAGAUCCUCAAUAUAACGCGAGGAAGUGUCGUGGUUGAUUAUUUGGUCUUGCUGAACGUUACCACCAGUGAAUAUGACAGUGUUGUGACUUCAGUGACAACAAUACUAUAUGGCACAGAUUGCACAACCAAAUACAUAAAUAAUGAAACUCUAUGUUUUGUGCAAAAUGAUACAAGAGUUCAAAGUAGUGAAUUAAAUCUGGCAGAUGUUUGCUCAAAAGCAGUGGACAUUCCAACGGAAGUUCAGAAGUAUUAUAUACCAAGAAAUGUAUCUGGUGUGAUAAGCUGUGUUUCCGAAUGCAGUGACAUUAGUGAGACUCCAAGGAAUUGCAACAAGGGGCAGUGCUCAGUGACACUAAAAGGACCCCACUGCUACUGUGAGACUUCAGAACAGUUCUGGUACACUGGAGGCAACUGCCAAAAUGCUAUCAGUAAACCCGGAGUCUAUGCGGGAGUGUCGGUGGGCAUUGCUGUGUUACUCAUCACAAUCGUGACGAUGUCUGUUAUCUUAUGCCGACGACGUCACAUGUCAGACAAAGACAAGCUAAUAGACAACAAUAAAAGAUGGUAUGAGGAAGGGUGGGAAGAAGAUAAUCAACAACAAGGCAAACUGCAAAGUUCCUCCAGCAGCAAUGAAGGCUCUUAUAGAUCUGAAUUUCAACUACGCUUGGAUAAAGUCGAUACAGAUUUGAAGAUGAAAGUUCCAAGAGCUGUGGUCAUGCCAGAUCCAUUGAGGUGGGAAUCAAGAAGUUGAAAACAAAGAAGUUCCUUAAGCCAGUUUAGGAUCUUUCAAAGAUGUUGAGUGUUCCCGCUUUGACUUGUCAAAUAAAAUGGCACAAUGUCUUACAGUGAAGAAGGCACCAACAAACUGUUCACUUGUGUCACUGGAAAUGGAAAACCAAGCCAAUCAGAAGUGAUAUUAGAAGUUUUUGGUCAAGCCACGUUCAAGGCCAAAGGAUCCAUGGUUGUACAAGCUCUUCAUAUUGCUCUACUGAACAUUCUAGGCACCUUCUUGGUCUCAACACAACCAUUCUCCAGAAUUUGUAAACAAGGCCUUUGCGGUUGAAACACAUCUAGCUCUGAUGUAUUUUUUUAUGGAGAUACAAUAAAUUCGGACUGAUUUAAGAGCAUGUAUGGAGUUGCGAAUUGCCCUUUAUCCAUUUAUCACUUUGGCAGCUAAGCAACUGCAAAUCCUGCACCCGACAACUCAGGAGAAGUUUCACUAAUCUGGGGCAGUAGCACCUUUUUGUUGUUGUUUAUGAAUCAUUCUUCAGACCUACCUGACCAUUCAGCACUUUGAGAUAAUUUUUGUUACUUCCUAAAAUCUUUGAUUUGAUAAACUUUGCAUAAGAGAUGUAGUACUCACUGUUAGGCCUAAGGUGGGCUUUGCAUUGAACAAAACUUAAUAGCACUUACAUACAUGGCAAUCAGUUAAACUGUGAAUUGGUAUGGGAUAGCAGCAUUUAUAGAACAAAUGUAAGAAUACUGCAUUCUUAUCUUAAAGGUUGAGAUGUCAAUAUACAACCUCAAUUUCUAAAAUAGUAUUAAAUUCUGUGGCUUCUGGCACUAUGAAAAAUAUAUUUUUCUAAAUAAUAGGCAGCCCCCUUAAACAUUUGACAAUAAAAACAGUAUGUGGAAGCAUUUGACUUACCUAUUCAACAUUUAUCGGGUAACUAUCAGCAAGGGAUCCCCUCCCCUGCUUCUAGAGCUGCUGAUUGGCUAUUUGGGAGCAAAGACAGGAGCUAGUAUGAACUUUAUUUUAUAAAUGAAUCUGGUAGAAGCCUUCCCAAGAUACACUGUGGUGGAGCAGGAAGUGAAACAUUGCAUGUGGAAACUCUGCUCAAGGUUUUAGGCUUUCCAUUACCAUUUUGUAAAUUUGUAAAGUUUCACGAAUUACAUGUAUGCACAUUAAAAUAAAGUAUAAAAUAAGUAUUCCACUACUUAUAGCAUAUCUUCGUAAUAUUCAUAUUAAAUAAUAUGGUGCGGCAGGCCGUACAUUCUUAAAUUUCAAAAAUAUUGUCACCUUGCCCUAAUCACUACAAUUAUGGCAACAUUAUCGCUAUAGCCAUAUAUUACUAUUAACACAUUCAUUAUCAAAGAUGUAUUUAUUAAAUGUAAUUGUCUUGUAUCCAUAUAUUUUUAGAAAGGAAUAUAACUUAUUUAAAUUUUAUAUUUAUAUAUUUAUGUAUACAGUAUUUAAA